CGUAGGGAAGAGCGCGCUCAUCAAUAGGUUGGUGGGCAAGGCGGCGUGCGCGAGCGCGCCGAGACCCGGGGUGACGAGAGAUUUGCGCUGGGUUCGAGUUCCGGGGUCGGACAUGGAUCUGUUGGAUGCCCCAGGGGUUCUGCCGGCGCGCAUGCACGAUCAGAGAGCGGCGUCGAAGUUGGCCAUGGCGAACGACAUCGGCGAGGCGAGUUACCUGUCGAGCGCCAUGGCGGCGGCCAUGAUUGAGGAGAUGAAGCGCUUGCCCACGUGGGAGCUCAUCAGACCGGGCGUGAUUCGAAGAUUCAAGCUCAACAACGUGGACGACAUCUCUGGGGAGCAGUUCGUUCAGGAGUUCGCGAACAAGACCGCGGGCGGGGACGUCGAGCGCGCGGGCACGCGCAUGCUCAACGAUUUCCGGGGCGGGCACAUCGGGAACUUUUGUCUCGAGCUUCCACCGCGACGGGAUCAGUCGUGA